AUGACGAAAACUUCCGCUGAAACUAAAAGCAUAAAGCUAUUCAUAAAAAAUAACUUAGACCAGACAAUAGUAGGAAUCCUAGAACGUAAUGAGACUUUUGUAAGAAAUGAUACUCGUGGCGCGAAAUUAGGACUUAUACUUCACGGAUCAUUAGGCAAUAAAGAUUACUUGUUCCUUCCAAAAAUUGCUAAAAGCUUACCGUUUGAUACUUUUCGUUUCGACUCAAGUGGAAAUGGUGAAAGCGGCGGAGAGCUAUUAUAUCUAAGUAGAAAGCGAGAUUUUGAAGAUAUCCAGAUAGUGAUUAACUUUCUGGAAAACGAAUAUGGGUAUUUCAUAUAUGCUUUUAUCGGUCAUUCUAAAGGAGGAACCAGAGCACUUGGAUAUGUAUCGCUAUAUAACUGCAAAAUCCCACAUGUUGUCAAUAUAUCAGGUGGUUACGACUUGACAAAACAGAUUGCAGUCAUUAAAGAAAAAGUUCCGAUGCAGCGGUUGGAAAAAUUUGGAUAUGCUUAUUUGGAGGAGCAGGUUCAAGGAAAAACGAUUAAAUGUAAACUUACUGAAGAGGAGCUUAUUUGGAUGGAUAAAUUUCCUUCGAUGGAACAAAUGAUGCAAAAUAUUCCGGAAACCACGUGUGUUUUAACUAUAUUUGGGACCUCUGACAAAGUGGUUCCCCUCAAAGACGCUGCAAUGUUUUCGAAUCUUAUUCCAAAUCACAUUCUUCAUUUAAUACAAAAUGCCAAUCACGGAUUCACAAAACAUCAAGAAGAACUUUGCUCCAUUCUUCUAGAUUAUUUCUCAGAUUCCUUCCAAACCGCACAAUUUCAAGCGAGAAAUAAGUACCUUACACGGUUUCCAAGAAUUAUUAAUGUGGAUGGAAUUACCAACUUUCGUGAUCUGGGUGGAUGGCGUUGUGAGGAGGGGUAUCUUCGGCAGCGUUAUAUUUUUCGUUCUGCCCAACUCUCACGGAUUACUACUAGUGGAAUAGAAACACUGCGAAAAUUAAACAUUCAAAAGAUAUUCGAUCUAAGAUCAACCCACGAAAUCGAAAAAUUUGGAUUUGUUAAAAUUGAUGGUAUCGAGCGAAUUUUUGUUCCCGUCUUUCACGAUGACAAUAAUUCACCUGAAACAUUCUAUCGACGAUUCUCGUUAUAUGCUCAAGGUCCUGAAGGUUUCUCAACAGGAUAUAUGAUGAUUCUCGAGGAAGGAAAACCUACAUUUCGAGCAAUGUUCAAUCAUAUACUUACACAGCCCAACUCACCUUUUCUUGUGCAUUGUACCGCUGGAAAAGAUCGAACUGGUGUAUUUGGGAUGUUGGUUUUAAAAUUUGUUGGGGUUUCUGAAGAAGUGAUUGCAAGAGAGUAUGAAAUGACGCAUCACGACUCUGUUUCAGAUCCUAAAAGGACCCAAAUGCUUGCAGAUAGUUUAGAUGGGACGUUUACAGUUGAACAAAUUUGGCGUAUGAUGGGUGCUUUUUACGAAUCUAUGAUACUUACACUAAAAAAAUUCAACGAAACAUACAAAUCUGUGAAUGCAUAUUUAUCGCUACUGGGAUUUAGCGAACAGGAAAUUAAUAAGAUUAGAUCGAAUUUGAUUGUACCGCCAUCGUUGUCUUCAUUGGAAAUUCAAAGUCGAAUGAAUGAAGCCCAAAGAGAUAUUAGCAGUGAUGAUGGAGCUCUUAAAAUCCUUAAGUCAGCUUUAUGA